AUGGAUGUCGCGCUGAUUGUUGUGAUAGCGUUCUGCCUAUUACUAUUACCAACAACGAUAUUCCUCAUCUGUCGGCUACAUCUGAAGAUGAAAAGGAAAACGCAUAAAAAAGCUUCUCGAGUUUCCGUCGUAUCUAUCGCUCCGGUUCCAAAGAAGAAGCCCUCUCUUACCCUUCCUCCAAUAAGACAUGUUCCACCUCAGCAUCGCCCUACAACUGAACUGGCAACGGUUGAGGUGCCAGAUCCUGACAGUUCUGGUCUUCCCGUUCCUCCUUUAUCCAGCCAACGUCGCCUUUCUGCAUGCUACUUGACAGAAUUGAAACUCAUGGAUAUCGGCCCUCCGCCUCGAGAUCUAGAAGCUGAAGAAGAAGCGAAAGAAAGGGAACGAAAAAAGAGAUUAUCUCUUGAUACAGCAUGA